AUGGCGUCGGACAGCGACGGGAAUAGUAACAGCGUUGUCAUUCUUAGGCAGCUUGUGGAUGAACAGAGCGCAACAUUAGCAGUCACUAAAGAAUUGGCUUUAAAAAAUGUGGAAAAUGACGUGAAUAUUGGCGUAGCAAAGCAGGAAUUGGUGCCUUCCAAGGGCGGAAUGCUUUUGCAAGAGGAGGAUGUUAAUGUUAUUGCUGAAGGUGGAGCUGCAAAGUUUCAACCAGCAAAUAACAGUUUACGUUGUGUCGAGAUUGCUACUUUUGUUGAAAGUCCAGCUUUUGAAGAUGAGCCGAAGAUGUUGAUAUCUGAAAAAGUGCGCAAAGAUAUUGUUUUGAAAAAGCGGCGGAUGAUGGAUUCGGAGGUGGAAAGUGUGGCUGAAACUGAACAUAAUAAAGAGCCUUUGAAAAAGAAAGACAAAGCGAAAAGUGCAUUGGAAGCUACUGCGGGCCAGGUAGAUUUGCGUCAAAGGACCCCGUAUUGUGUUGUCCGGACUCCGACUCCUCCAAACAAAUAUUUCAUACAAAAGCGGCGGGAGGAAGAGGCCUCGGGUCGCGAAUCUGUUCGCCAGCAGCAGCCACAUUUGCUAGCUUCGUUAGCAAUUCGCAAAGGAGGAAUGUGUACUAGUCGCUCACUGUUGACGCCCCGAAACUUUUCGAGGUCUAUGGGUCUGACAACUGCAGAGUUUGAGCGAAAGCUUUGUGAAUAUGUGCGUCUUCACCGUGAACUGAACACAAAAAGCAACUACACUGUAAUGAGAAAACGGCAAUUACCGCGGUUGCCAACACCAUUGCGUUGCAAGACCCAUUGGGACUUUGUGCUGGAGGAGGUGAGGUGGAUGGCGACAGAUUUUGCUGAGGAACGUAAUUGGAAACGGGUGUUACAACACCGUUUGGCGGCUGAUGUGAUCAUUGCGAAAAACUCAGGAAGUGUACGUCAAGAACUAGAGAAUCGUCAGAUGGCACGUGAUGUUGCUUUACAGGUAUCGGCAUUCUGGCGCACGAUGGAACGGAUUGCUGCAAGGUCACGAGUUCGGUUUGAAGCCGCGGGUACGAACCGAUCAGAUCAUGGUGAGAUCGAUAUUACAGCGUCUGGGGGCCACGCCGCAACUUUGGAAGAUGAUAGUAAGCAAAGCAAAAGUGAGGAUGUCGAGAUGAGUGGCACUGGAAACGAUACUUUAACAUUAAAGUACUACACUUUUGGUGCAGCAGCUAGCAAUGAGGUUGACACAAAAAGUGAUGGAAAGAGGCCGGUGAGGCCAGAAACGGUGCUGACAUCUGCAAAAGAUCAUGUUACUUACAUUGUGAGUGCAGGAAAGCGAGCGCGCAGCGCCAUGACAUCUUUGCCAACGAAAGGUGUUGAUGUGGAAAAGGCAUGGUCCUUUUCUAAAGCUUGGUCAUUACGGGAGGCGGCUAUUCAGGCUUUGCAAGCGCGGUGCACCGCCUCGCAGGCAGAAGGAAAGCCCGUUUUUAUUUUGGCAACCUUUCAAUUGCUGGCAUUGAGGUGGAUGUUGGACUUAUAUUCUAGCGGUCUUAACAUGUUUUUGAAUGACCAGCUCGGUAUGGGCAAGGCAGCCACAAUCGUUGCCUUUCUAAGCUUGAUCGAGAUUGUGCCCUCUCAGAAGCAGUAUGAAGGAGGUGAUGGGGCACGCGUAUCUCUACCAGAACCUCUGAGUGUUGAAAUACCGAAAGGCCCGCAUUUGAUAAUCGUGUCGGGGGAGGAGCUUCAUAAGUGGCGGCAUUAUCUUCGAGUAUGGCACCCUGACCGGCGUAUUCAGUUCUAUGACGGUGCUGGUAAAUCUUUACGCUAUAAAGCGCAGUUACAGCGGGAGUGGAAUAUUAAGUUUCAAGCCAAAGCGCGCAAGGAUGACGGCAAUUUUCUUGCGGCCCCGCUUCAUAAUGACGACGAUGAAGGGCUCGACGAUGACGGGCGCGUUGAGCCCAUUUAUUGUGUGUUAUGCUCUGUGGAUGCAUUUGUUGAAGAUCAACAGGCUUAUGUGGCUUUCACGAAUUGGCAGAUGGUUGUUGUGGAAAACGAGCAUGGUGGUCAUUUUGAUGACUCGGCGUGCGUGUCUGCGCUGCAACAGCUUCGACAACAGCAGCGGCGGGUCUUGUGCAACGGUCAAUCGAUUGAAAAUUGGAAAAACACUGCAUUAAGACUGCAGUACGCAGAAUUUUUGGUGUGGGAAGCUUACGCAGAUAAUAAUAAUAGCAAUUCGCAUGAGAGCUGCCAGCAUCAAGUGGAGACCUGGCCUGUGCAGGAACUACAAGUUGAGAGGUCAUCUGUGGCGAAAGUGAUGCAUAUUUAUGGCAAAUCAUCGAGCGUACGGGCUGCUUUGUGGAAGGCAUCUUCUCAGCAGGAGGACUUGCCAAAGUAUAUGAAUGCGCUGCUUUUAGCUCUAUCCUGUCUCAGCUUGCGGCGUGUUCGCAGCGAAGUCGAGACAGAACUGCGCAAGAUAGAGGAAGUUAGUUUGAGCUGCAAGCUUAGUUUGUCGCAGAGCGCGCAGUACCGAAACGCACUUAGCGGAUUUGUGGCGACGCUGGAUACUGCUGGUGGUCGGGAGGAGCGGCUAAGUGUUUGGCUGCAACUUCUAUUGCGUCUCCGUCAGAUUUGUAAUUGCGUUGAUCUUGCAACCGACAUGGAAAAGUUGGGGCAUGCUGAUUUGCGAUUGCUGACUAGUUGUUCAGCAAAACUAGAGGCGUUGGAACCGUUGCUACGUCGACUAGCGCUUCAGGAAGGCAAGAAGGUGGUGAUAUAUUGCCAGUUUCACGGUAUGUUUCCUGUAUUAGAGCUGUUUCUUUCUCUGCUAGACAUUAGCUACGUGCGCAUUACUGGCUCGAUCUCCAUGCAGCGUCGUGCGCUUUAUCAUUUUGCUGAUCGCCCUGUAGUUCGCGUAGCACUCGCCUCUACUCGGUUGUCCACGUCUUACGGAGGUCAUGCAGUGUCAGUAUAUGGUAGUGAGGCCAUCGUUGUUGUGGACAGUGACUGGAACGCAACGUGUGAUGCGAAGCUUCGGGCGAGUUGGGCUAAAAUGGCGGUUGGUGGUGCUGAUACACUUUCAGUCUACCGAUUACACUGUGAAAAUACUGUCGAAGCAUCAUUACUGCGCGUGGGGGCUUCGCUUACUGAAAAAGUGUUUGGUGAAAUAACGCCUCAAGAACUUCUUGCUGUGCCGUCUGACAUGGCGUUGGCGAUCGAAAAACCCGGCUGGUGGUCUCCUGCCUCCACUAGCAGCGGUGGAAACGGGCUGAUGGCCACGGGGCCAAUGGCAAGACUCGCGACGGUGGCUUUGCAGGUGGAACGAAAUGAGAAGUAUACCGGAAGCUCAAGUGAUCUUGAAGCACCUCUCAUUGUGCACAAUGUGGAUUUGGAUGCCGAGGAACAUCUUUUGCUGGCGAAUACAGACGAGCUGACGCCUGUCGAAUGGUAUGCUGUUAACUUUGUCCACGGCAUUAUUGACAAAAAACCGCAGCAGGGAGGUGAAGCAAAUAUAAUUGAAGAAGACAUUGGAAGCGUUAGCGACGAAGGCACCGCUUCUUGGGGUGAAAGAAACGAGAUUAUUCAACCAGAUCAGCCCUCGUUUGAAAAGUCAGCUGCUUUGGAUGUUAACCGUCAUUGGCAAGAAGGCGACGUUGCAUCGCAACUUUUUUCAGCCUUAGUCCUCACCGCAGUGGCGUGGCAUGUAAUAGUGCGCUCGAAAAGAUGUUUAUGCAAAUGCGUACGCAAGGCAUGGAAACGCAUUUUGAUGUUGUCAAACCUCCACAAUUAUGGUUAUUGGGUGACGCGAAAUUGCAUCGAGGGGGCCUUAUCGUCAGAAGCUGGUAUGAGCAUAGACACACAGGUGACGUACCGCAUAUCAUAUCGCGUGUCGGUAGCCCCACCACCUUUACCUCAGACUGCAAAGUUGAAGGUGGAACAUGCUGUCGGGCAGCACGGGGACAUGUCCAAACUCAUUGAGCCUAGCAAGAAACAGCGGGCCAGCGCCGCUAUUAUGGCAGUAUCGAGAGGUGGAAUGGUCCCUGGUUCAAACUCGAUGAACCUUUCUAACUCUGCAGAUAUGAAGCGCAAGCUUGAGUCACAGUUACGCAACAUUAAGUUGGGGCCUCAGAAAGAACAACGUGUAGAUUUGGAGGGUAUCCCCGUUCCAGAUGUGUCAGAAUUUGCUGACGACGACUUUUGGGGCGACACGAACUUAGAUGCGCUUGAUUCAGCUGAAUGGGAUGACCCUGCUCUUCUUGGCGGUAUUCUUGGUGUUGGUGUGGGCGGCACUGGUACUGGGGUAUCAUCUACAGUCCCUUCGUCUUGUACAGCACCUAAUGGAGCCGGUGUGUCUGUAACGACUGGUGCAGGGGGAGUGCGAUUGGAGCGCGUGCGGAUUUAG